AUGGGACAUUUCGAGUACCAGGUGAUGCCGUUUGGACUGACCAACGCUCCUGCUGUGUUCCAAAGUAUAGUGAAUGACGUUCUGAGAGAUAUGAUUGGUAUUUUUGUGUUCGUUUACCUGGAUGAUAUCCUCAUCUUCACGAAGGAGCUUUCUAGCCACGUUCAGCAUGUCAAGGGAGAGAUCAAGAUGGACCAAGAGAAGGUUCGGGCGGUUCGUGAUUGGGUCCAGCCCGUACCUGACCAAGGUGAAGCUGAUGGUGACAGAUGUCAACGACAAUGUCCCCGAGUGGGCUAUGGAGCCAUACCCCUACCUGGCCGUGGUGUCCUCCGAGGCCCCCUUGGGGUGCUGGUUUACCUGCUCCAUGCCCGCGACGGGGAUGAGGGCAGCAAUGGCGAGGUGGAGUACUUUCUGGCCGAUGGUGGUGAUGGCUGCUUUGCAGUGGACAAGAAGAGUGGUCACGUCCUGACCACGGGUCUCCCCCUGCAGAGAGACAGGGAGUAUCUGCUGAGUGUGGUGGCCUUUGACAGGCUGGGAAGCCGCAGUGCUGGGGCCAUGGUGUCGGUCAUAGCAGGACCCAGAGCACCACAGUUCACCAACGCGUCCUACGUUAUCUCCAUACCAGAGAACACCCCAGAGGGACAGUCCUUCCUGGUGGUGUUGGCCAUCUCCUUCCAGAAGCAGCCAAUCAGCUACAGCCUGCUGAUCAACCCCAGCAGCCUGUUCAGCAUGCAGCAGGAGACGGGGGAGAUCAGCCUGACCCGCACGCUGGACUAUGAGAAUGACCAGAGACGAUACCUCCUCAUGGUCAGGGCCAGUGAGGGUCCAGGGGGCCUCAACAGCGCCAUCGAAGUCCAGGUGGUGAUAACGGAUGAGAACGACUGUGUCCCAGAAUUUCUCCAGUCCAUUUACAGUGUUGAUGGAGUCUCUGAGACAGUCACCACAGCAACCUCUCUCCUCCAAGUGUUAGCCAGUGACUGUGACUCUGGGUUGAAUGCGGAGCUCACCUACUACACUCUAAGCCCAGACUUCAGCAUUUCUCCCCACGGAACCAUCUUCCCUGCGGGCCGUCUGGACUACGAGAGGCCCAACCACCUGUAUGAGUUUGUGGUGAUGGCUGUGGAUAAUGGGGAGGAGCCUCACUCGGGCACCGCCACCAUCCGCAUCCGCAUGGCCAACAUCAACGACCAGGCCCCAGAGUUCUCCCAGACUGUCUAUCGGACCUUUGUCUCUGAGGAUGCAGGCCCCAACACUCUCGUUGCCACGGUACUGGCUAAGGACCCAGAUGGUGAUGGAAUAGUGUACUCAAUUACAGCUGGCAACGAGGAGGGUAACUUUGUCAUCGACAGCCAGAAAGGGUUGAUCCGUCUGCGCUUCACCCCCGCUCCCAAGCUGCAGGGCCUGGAGUACGUCCUCAAUAUAACAGCUACAGACGACAAUGCCUCCGGGGGGCCACACCCACUCUCUGCCACUGCCUGGGUCAUAGUGGGCGUUGAUGAUGUCAACAACAACAAACCCGUCUUUGAGAUGUGUCAGCAAUACAGGGAGCAGGCGUCCGUGUUGGAGAACCAGCCCACAGGAACCUUCGUAUUACAAGUGCACGCGGUGGAUGCAGACGAGGGGGCCAAUGGGAAGGUCAAGUACGGCCUGAUGCACAGAGACAGCGCCAUACCUGCCUUCAGAGUCCACCCUGACACAGGUGUGAUCGUGACAGCACGGCGGUUCGACCGGGAGCGUCAGAGAGAGUACUCCAUCACGGUGACGGCUACAGACUGGGCUGAGGAGCCCCUUAUAGGGAUCUGUCAGCUCAACGUCAUCAUCCUGGACCAGAAUGACAACAGCCCCAAGUUUGAGAACCUACGCUACGAGUAUUUUCUGAGAGAGGACACAAUGAUCGGCACCAGUUUCCUGCGUGUGGCGGCACAUGACGACGACUUUGGUACCAACGCUGCCGUCACCUACUCCAUAUCCCAGGAGCAGCCUGAGUACCUGAGGGUCAACCCUGUUACCGGAUGGGUGUACGUCAACCAGCCCAUAUCACAGAGGUCCCACAUUACCCGGGAGAUUAUGGCCACGGACGGGGGGAACCGCAGCACAUCUGUAGAGAUGUCUGUGACCAUUACCAAUGUGAAGAACCAGCCCCCGCAGUGGGAAAAGGACAGCUACAGCGUGGUCAUCCCAGAGAACACUGCCAGGGAUACUCCCAUUGUGACGAUCAAAGCAACCUCGUUGCUAGGCGACCCCAGGGUGACCUAUAACCUGGAGGAGGGUGUGGUCCCGGAGACUAACAUGCCCGUGCGCUUCUACCUGUCGCCCAAUCGCGAGGAUGGCUCAGCCUCCAUCCUGGUUUCGGAGCCGCUGGACUACGAGACCACGCCCAGUUUCUCCCUGAGGGUGCGGGCUCAGAACUUAGCAGCGGUACCACUGGCUGCAUUCACCACCAUCUAUGUCAACGUCACAGAUGUGAACGACAAUGUUCCAUUCUUCACCUCCUCCAUCUAUGAGGCUUCAGUGACGGAGGGAGCCAAGGUGGGGACCAUGGUCCUCCAGGUGUCUGCUCAAGACAAGGACCUGGCUUUCAAUGGACAGAUCACUUACUCCCUCUUGAGUGACAGUAGUGGAGACCACCGUCUAUUUCGUGUAGAUCCAGAGCUGGGCUCCAUUUAUACAGAGGCUGUGUUUGACCGCGAGGCGCAGGGAUCCUACCUACUGGAGGUUCAGUCUGAAGACGGCAUGGAGUCAGCAAGGCCUGGGAGGAACAAACAGCCCAACUCUGACACCGCAUAUGUGCGGGUUUUCAUCAGCGACGUGAACGAUAACAAACCUGUCUUUGCUCAGCGCCUCUAUGAAGUUGGGGUUGACGAGGAUGCAGAUGUCGGCCUGGCUGUUGUCUCUGUCAGUGCUAAUGACGAAGAUGAAGGUGCCAAUGCCAAGUUGCGCUACCAGAUAACUUCGGGCAACACAGGGGGGGUGUUUGACAUGGAGCCUGAGGUGGGAACCAUCUUUGUCGCCCAGCCUCUGGACUACGAGCAGCAGAAGAGGUACAAGCUGCUGGUGCUGGCAUCGGACGGGAAGUGGGAGGACUAUGCCGCCGUGGUGGUCAACGUGGUCAACAAGAAUGACGAGGCGCCCGUCUUCUCCAUGAAUGAGUACUAUGGCUCAGUGACAGAGGAGCUAGAUGGCUCACCGGUCUUUGUGCUCCAGGUGACGGCCAUGGACCCAGACAAGGAUGCAGACCAGGACGCCGUCCGCUACUCUCUCCAUGGUCAGGGGGCGGACUCUCAGUUUAUGAUUAAUGAGAACACGGGGGAGAUGUAUGCCCAGAAGACGCUGGACCGCGAGGAGCGGGCUGUGUGGCGCUUCGUGGUCCUGGCCACGGACGAGAAAGGGGAGGGUCUCACCGGCUUCACUGACGUCAUCAUCAACGUAUGGGACAUCAAUGACAACGAGCCCACUUUCACCUGCGCACCCGAUGGCUGCCACGGCAACGUAGCCGAGAACUCACCCCCAGGAACUUUUGUCAUGGAGAUGACGGCGGAAGACCUUGACGACACGGCAGUGGGUCAGAACGCCAUCCUCACCUAUCGUAUCAUCAAGAACGCCCGUGACACGGAUUCUGAGGAACUAUUUACAAUCGACACUAGUACGGGCACCAUCUCCGUGGUGACCGGCGGGCUGGACAGGGAGGUGGCAGAGCGGCACCAGCUGGUGGUCGAAGCCAGGGAUGGAGGGGGCAUGGUGGGUACAGCUACCGCCACUAUCAUCAUCAUGGACCUGAACGACCAUACCCCCCGUUUCAAAGAUGAGUGGUGUGGGGCUCGUGUGUCUGAGAGCAGUCCUCCAGACUCAACCGUGCUGGAGCUGGAAGCUGUGGACCCAGACUCUGGCCCUCACGGCCUGCUGGGCUUCAGUGUGGUGGCGGGGGACCAGUGGGAGAGGUUCUACAUGGUGAGCCACAGAGCAGAGCAGUCUGGGAGUCUGAAGCUGAGGAAGGGGCUGGACUAUGAGAGGCCCGGAGAGCAGCGCUUCAACCUCACCAUCCAGGUGGAGGACUCUGAAUCCAGCCUCAUCCACUGCAUCAUCCAGGUGCUGGAUGAGAACGACCACAUCCCUGAGUUCACCACCACCUUCUACCCCCUCGCUCCUCUAGUGGAGGAUGUUGCCGUGGGAACCAGCAUCACCCAGGUGAUGGCCAAUGACUCAGACUCUGACCUGAAUGGGGAAAUAGUCUACAGCAUCUCCCCGGAGUCAGACCCGUACGAUAAUUUUAUAGUGGACCGAGACGGCAUUGUGACCGUGACCCGUCCGCUGGACAGAGAGACAAUGCCCGAGUACCAGCUGGUUGUCAUGGCGACAGACCGCGGGAGUCUGCCGUUGACAGGGAGCGCCACGAUCCAGCUGAGCCUGCUCGAUGUUAAUGACAAUGGGCCAGAGCUGGAGGUGGCCUACACCCCUGUCCUCUGGGAGAACAGCCCUGCUCCACAGCUGGUGUGGCUCAACCAGACCUCCACGCUGCUCCACGUUAUCGACAGGGACUCCCCAGAGAAUGGGCCUCCCUUCUCCCUCGCCCUUCCCAGUCUUUACGCCCCCGACUUCCACCUACAGGACCAUGGCAAUGGCACGGCAACGCUCACCGCACUGCGCCGCUUCGACCGUGAGCGCCAGAGGGAGUUCCUCCUGCCCGUGGUCAUGACGGACAGCGGCCGUCCGCCAAUGACGGUCACCAACACGCUCACCAUCACCGUGGGCGACCAGAAUGACAACGCCCACCAGGAGGGAGAGAAGGAGAUUUACUUUCACAGCCGGAGGGGAAGGAUGCAGACUACUUCGCUGGGCAAGGUCUAUGCCCCUGAUCAAGAUGAUUGGGACAACAAGACCUACACCUUAGACGCAGGAGGAAUGAGGUAUUUCACUCUAAACAGGAGUUCAGGCCACCUGGCCAUCAGACAGAACACCCUAGCAGGGAGCUACUAUCUCAGAGUGGGAGUGUCGGACGGGGUGUGGCCAGACGUGGUGUCUGGGGUCACAGUUCACGUCCGGGAGCUAGAGGACAUGGCCAUCCACUCGUCAGCCUCCCUGCGUCUGACCGGCAUCACUGCCAGAGAGUUUAUUGAGUCCCGGGUGGACGAGAGGAGUCGACAGGAUAUGUUCAGGAGCUUCCUGUCUGAACACCUGUCCAUCAGAUCAGGCACAAUCAACGUCUUCAGCCUGACAGACGUUAGACCGAAGACGCUGGACGUGCGCUUCUCUGUGCACAGCGAUGGCUACCUGCGUCCAGAGAAACUGCACGGAUACCUGGCGGCGCAUAGAAAGAAGCUGCAGUCUCUGCUGCGGGUGAACGUGUCCCAAGUAGAGGUGGAUGAGUGUGUGUACACAGACUGCAGGCCGGGUGGCGGCUGCUCCACACAGCUCAGCGUCAGUGACAUACCCACCCUGGUCGAUGCCGGGAACAUAGCACUGGUGUCUGUUACGAUGAUGUCCUCUGCACGGUGUGGCUGCUCUGCCAGGGACCGGAUCCAUCAAGCUUGUUCCUCCUACCUCACAAACCCCUGCUUCAAUGGAGGCACCUGCAUGGAUACCCUCAGUGGGUACAGGUGCCAGUGCCCACCGCAGCAUGAGGGUCCUGAAUGCCAGCAGACGAGGCGAAGUUUCCUUGGCAACGGCUAUGCCUGGUUUCCUCCCAUAAGGCCGUGCUUUGAUAGCCAUCUUUCCCUGGAGUUCAUCACAGAGGCUGAGGACGGCCUGCUACUCUACAGCGGGCCCCUGGCCACCCUGCAGCCUGGAGACCCAGAAGACUACAUGGCUAUAGAGCUGAUUGGUGGAACACCCAGUCUGAAGAUCAACCACGGGUCUGGGACCCUGGUCCUGCAGUUGCAGGGCAAUAUGGUUGUGUCUGACAGACGCUGGCACCGACUGAGUAUGUGUUGGGUUGGAGAGAAAGUACAAUCUCACAGAGGAGCGGCACUCAGUGGGCUGCCCGGAGUCAGAAACCCCUAG